UUGGAAGAUAAGGAAGAUUUUCAUGAAAAAUUCAUUCAUUUUCUUAAGUAUGCUAUGAUAAUCUACAGACGGGAACCAGCAGUGGAACAAGUGAUCAAUUUUGUGGCUAAAUUUGUUACUUCAUUUUAUCAAAUGGAGAAAGAGGAUGGUAGUGAGGAGGGAGAAGAAGAUAAUUUACUUCUGAAUUAUGUGUUUAACUUUCUGCUUGAGUCUCACAAUGCGAACAGCCAUGCAGUUAGGUUUCGAACAUGUCAGCUUGUUAAUAAGGUUUUGGGAAAUAUGCCAGAGAAUGCCCAGAUCGAUGAUGACUUAUUUGAUAAAAUUAAUGAAGCUAUGCUGAUUAGACUUAAAGAUAAAUUUUCGAAUGUGAGAAUUCAAGCUGUCUUGGCCCUGUCGAGACUUCAAGAUCCUAAGGAUGAAAACUGUCCUGUUGUUAAUAUUUACAACACAUUGCUUGAAAAUGAUUCAAACUCAGAAGUGAGGCGUGCAGUGCUGUCAUGUAUUGCUCCAUCAGCAAGGACUUUGCCAAAAAUUAUAGGCCGCACUAUGGAUGUAAAGGAAGCUGUCAGAAAGCUGGCAUAUGAGGUUUUGGCAGAAAAAGUUCAUAUGAGAGCUCUGUCAAUAGCACAGAGAGUAAAAUUGUUGCAACAAGGGCUUAAUGACAGAUCUGAUGCUGUUAAGGAGGUAAUGAAGAAGAAGCUGCUUCAAGCCUGGUUACAAUUGACUGAAGGGGAUGUUUUAGAAUUGCUUCAUCGACUGGAUGUGGAAAACUGCCCAGAAGUGGCCAUCCCAGUGUUAAAUGCUCUGUUUUCAUUGUCUCCACUUCAUGACUUUGUUCAGAACUGUAAAAACCUUGACAGCAGAAAACUGAUUCCACUGGAAGACUUAACAGCUGAGAAUGUGUUGUAUUGGAGAUGUCUUUGUGAGUAUCUAAAAUCAAAAGGUCAAGAAGGUGAAGAUUUGCUAGAACAGAUGUUGCCAGAACCAGCUGUAUAUGCAGAUUAUUUAUUAAG